AUGUUAAAGGGACUACUUUUUUUUAAUUUCCUGGUGCUCAAUCUGAUCUGUACGUAUGCCUCUCUAUGUGUUACGAAAGUAAUUGUGCGAGUUCCGAGGGAGCACGAUAUUGGUCUGAUAUUUGAUCUGACCGUAAGCAAUAAUGUUAAUAAUACUACGGGCAAACGGGAAACCUUGGAAUUUGUUGUGACUUCGGAUGGCACUUGCACGCUUAAUACCACAAAGGGGGCUCAGUUCAAUGCCAGUCGAAUAUAUGGCGGGGAUUUUGGUUCAAUAGAGCCUGGCAAGACCGAAACUGUAUCGCUAAUUUGGCCCACUACGUCGCUAUAUAAUCGUGUUGGCUUCUGUCCAAUCAUCAUCAGCACUUCCAAUGCCAACAACGAAGUGUCCAACACCAAGCAAUAUUUGUAUUUCGAUACACGUUUUGAAACCCUGGAUCCCAACAGGCGUUCCCUCCGAAAACAUAAGGACUUUGUGGACUGCAGGAACUGGGACAAGGAUUAUUUUAAUAAUUGCACGCCCGUCGAUUGCGAUGAGCGCUAUUUUGGUCGGCGUAGUUUCUAUAACUAUACAUCUGAGGAAUGUGAACCAGUAACCCCUUGUUCGGACCCUGAAACGCUUUACGAUCCCUUUGCCAAUGAAUGCGUCGAAAAGAAUUUCAUCGUAACUGAAGAAGAAAUAGAACAACUUAAAGCGGGAAAAUUUGAUGACAACUAUUUGGAGCUGCGCGGUCCUAGCAAUGCUGCAUAUCAUGGCCCUCAGCAGAAAACUCAAGGAAAAAAACCAAAGCCUGCCAAAAAACAACCAAGAAAAAAACAACAAAAAAGCAAAAAACAAACAGCUUCAGCAGGAGCAGAAGCGCGACCCAAAGAAUGCAAAUUUGCAGGCAAGAUGUCCCUCGUGGACUUCAGGAAUUGCUUUCAACACUUACAAGAGGAGGCGGCCUGCCCAACAGAUGCGCAGAACGUUAAAAAAAGCCGGUCCGCAAGCGAAAGACACAAAAGGCUAUCCUUCUUACAGCGAUUCUAUUACGAUUGGUACAGCCCGUUGAGGUCCGAGGACUCUAAUGAUGACGAGAAUGAAGUUGACACUUCAACUGAAAAUGCCGAACCAAAUUCCACAUCAAAAUCGUCGGCCUUGUGGACAAAGCUUUCCGAUCAAGGUCUCAUAAUGUGGAUUGCUGGGUUUGUGGAAUGCAUACUCAUUGUGAGUUACAUUAUCUCAUUGGUCAUUAUGUUUCAGAUUGUGGCCACCAUUUGCACAUAUACCAUCAUCUGCUUUGGCAUUUUUGUCUUUAUAGAGCUGCUGGCAAAAACCAAAAGAUAUAGGGAAACCUCCACCCAUGUGGCUAAAAAACUGACACCUCGCGAACCCGAUUAUCGAUAUGAAGUCAUCACAAAAGAAAGCUUAAUGUCGCAAAGAUAAAUGUAAAAAUUCGAUAUUAUA